GCAGCAUCACAAACACAACAGCAACCAUAACCCGCCAAGGAUCAACAGCGGUAUCUAGCUUGAAUCUCCUCUGGUUGCUUUGCUCCUUCCAGUUUCAACAGCAAUGGCAGCUGCCAUGAAGAUCACCCUACUUGCCUUGGCGGCGAUAGCCGUCUUGAGCACCGCAUCGGCCGCGACAUAUAACGUGGGCGAGCCGGCCAGCGAGUGGGGCUUCGGCAUCAACUACGGCAGCUGGGCGUCCUCCAAGCAGUUCAUCCCCGGUGACAGUAUCGUCUUCAAGUACAACCCGCAGGCGCACGACGUGCUCGAGGUCAGCAAGGCCGACUACGACUCCUGCAGCGCCGCAAACCCAAUCACCACCCUCAAAACCGGCAACGACGUCAUCGCACUCCCCGCCACGGGCACCCGCUACUUCAUCUGCGGCUUCACUGGCCACUGCGCCAGCGGCAUGAAGGUCACGAUCGACGUCCUGUCAGCCUCCUCCCCGUUGACGCCGUCGUCGCCCGCACCAGCCAGCGGUCCCAGCGCCAGCAACUCUCCCCCGCCGCCGCCGCCCUCGGCCGCUACCUCGGUCAGGGUCACAGCAGGCCUUGGCCUUGUCCUCCUGCUUGCCGGUCUCAUGGCUUGAAGUCAGAUAGCUGCCACCGCACCGAAGAUACGAGCUUAUGUAUAGCCAAAUGUAUUACUUUUUUAAAAAAAAUCUUCUUUAGUGAGAGAAGGUAAGACAUUACAUGUAUGAUUUGUGUAUUCAUUGUAGCGGAUAUAAAUUAAUAUAAAGGCAGCAUCUUUUCAA